AUGCAACUAGCGUUUCUGGACUUUGAAGCCGCGUUCGACUCUCCUCACCGAGGCCGUCUUCUCAACGCGCUUCGCGCCGAUGGAGUACCAGGAAAGUUCGUUCGCUUGCUUGAUGACAUGAAUCAACGAACAACUGCUGCAGUUCGAACACCAGCCGGAUGUACAACACCGUUUGAAGUGGUAACUGGAGUAAGACAAGGGGCGGUGGCAGGACCCUUCCUGUUCAAUUUCAACGACGACAUUAUGCGAAGAACAGUCGACCAGUGUCCUGCCGACAUUGUAUUAGCACCAUAA